UUCAACUAUUUCCUAAUGCUUAAAGGAAUGAGGAAAUUUAUCUUUCGAAAAGACUAAACGGCUACUUUUUCCUUCUAGGCAAACUAAUCCCUUUAAAAGGAACAUUUUGUAUCACUGAAACAAGACAAAAUGAAUGAAACAUUAUUAAGAUGCCAAUACCCCCUGCCCUCCGGCUCUAUGACACCGAGUAGAUUGUCAUAGUUCUUUAUUGAUUUUAUGAGUUACGCAAUUAAGUUGUUUCUCGUGGUUUGUUCACGUGUCAUGAGCAAGGAGACUAGCAGCUAGCAAAAAGUCAAUUUCUUGAAAACGUACGACAUAUAAAAUAUACCUCUGUUAUUUCGACAUAGAAUACGAUUUUCAAUUCCUGUAACUUGAUCAAUACUUCGACAUGUAGCACGAUAAAAAAAUUCAAGAGUGAAGGAAGUUUUUUUUAACAUACAUUCAAUAUAAUAAUUCUAUCCUCGAACCAUUACCAAGAAUGGCAGACAGGAUACGCACUAAUAUCGACACCAAAAAACAUUUACGUGGGCUUUUCACAAGACUAGUUCAAUGUCCAAAUUAUAUUAUAUUAUGCUAAGCAAGCAUUGAUGCAAUUUCGUUACGCGACAAAAACGUGCUAAUCUCUAUGGUAUGCAUAAAAUAAUACACAAAUUAGGGCAUUUUGCGAUUCAUAAUAGGACAAGUUGGCGGACUUAGCCGUGUUUCCACUUAAAAAAUCACGAGAGAAAAGUUCCAGUUCCUGUCAUUAUGUAUUUUAUACAAAUAUGCCCUUGUAUGAACUUGUAAAAUUUCACCCAAUAUUCACAAUUCGAGAUAAACAUAAUUCGUAAGACGCCUCGUAACACGGACAAGUCGGCAUCUCAUAGCAAGUUCAGUUGCCUCCGAAGACAUCUUACUCGCUCAAAUGGAGAUAUUUAUCAUCGUUGUCGCAAUAGUUGCAGUCGCUGCAGCCCUCGUUAUACUGGCAUUACUUCAACUAAGAGUAAAAAGACAGAUCGUUGUUGGGAAUGCCGUCAGAACUCAAAACAUCACAAUUGAAAAUGCAAUUUCUGAUAGCGUGGAUGAAGUCGCGUUGGACUAUCCAAAUGAUCUUAUUUUGAAAAAUGGCCCGCCACCAUACUUACAAGUUAUGAAAAGCCCCGAGUUAUAUCCGUUGUCGUCUACAGUUGAUCUAGCGGAGAUUGACGAUCGCGACCGAGAACGGACCGAUGUUAAAAUCCGACUUCCAACUUCACCAGUGCACAACGAACGCACGAAAAGAACAUGGAAUCUUUUUCUCAAUUCGGUACUUCGACAUGACGACCAUAUUGCCAACAAUUCCCAAGAGGAAGUCAUUAAGACCAGCAAAACAUCCGUAUCACAAGAUCAUUAUACAAUAGACAUGCAAACGGCAUCGCACGACGUUUUGCCGACGUAUGACGAAGUGAAACCGAAAAAUUCACAGGAACAAAAACCUAACCCAAGACAACCACUAAAGAAAGUCAACUACAACACUUUGCCGCGACUAAACUUUCGUGCGGAAGAAAGAAAUCUUCCAGUACAAAAUAACAAUGCGUUUACCGUAUCAAACACGAUACGGGAAUACUUUAGAGACGAUCCCGGAGAUUUUCAAGAGAGCGCAGUGGAGACUGGGUCAAAGAGGCCACGUUUCGCAACAUUAUAGGAGCGAACGAAUGUCGAUUGAGGUUGAGUCAAAAGAAGUGAACAGAAGUUCACGUUUCUUUGAAUGAGAGACAUUCUUCAUUCACAGAUACAAACAUUGAAACACGCAACAAAGACUCUUUCAUAUAAACAUGAACCAACAGCGGAAAUGAACGUAAACUAAACAAACUAUUGUGACAGAAACUCACAAUAAUAAUAUUCUCCCCCCUAAAAUUAAGGACCAAUGUAAUAUAUAUAUAUAUAUAUAUUUUAUUUUGUAUAUAAAG